AUGAACCAGACAGCCACGCCGUUGGGUGAUGGAAUCGACUGGGGCAGCCAACGGUCUACGCUUCUGACAUUUGGGGGAAGCGUUUUCGCCCUCUAUCUGUUCCAUGCCGCCCUAACGUUUCCAUACCUGGUGAAGGCUCCCGUAGUGGGAAAGCGAGGGUUGUUCAUUUCAGAGUGGCUCAGCCGACUGACCUACUCCUUCAACGCAAAGAAUGUGUUGUACGAGGGAUACAAGAAGUACAAGGAUGCCAUGUUCAACAUGAUCCGGAACGACUCGAACAUCCUCGUCUUGAACCCAAAGUACCUCGAGGAGCUGGGGAACCUCCCGGACUCGCACAGCAGCUCCAGCGUCGGCCAAAUCCGGAAUAUGGCCGGAUCGUGGUGCACCGCAGACAUCAUCAUGAAAAGCGACCUUCACUUCCGCAUGAUCCAGCACAAGUUGACACCCAACCUCGUCUCUACCAUUCCAAUGGUGAAGAACGAGCUGGACGACGCCCUCAGAGUUGAGAUACCGGAUUGCAAGGACAAGUGGGUGCCCGUGCCUAUGUUUGAAGCUCUGUCUCUGGUAGUAGCUCGAGUCACGGGGCGAGUGUUCGUCGGGCCCAGACUGUGCCGGGACCCGGACUGGAUCAAGGUCAGCAUUGACUAUGACGUGAAUGUUGGCGGCGCCGUCGUUCUCCUGCGCAUGUUCCCGCCCUUCCUGCACCCGCUGCUUGCGCGACUGCUACCCUCAUGGUGGCGCGCCCAUGCCAACAUCGCCACGGCGGAGAAGAUCAUUGGACCAGAAGUCCGUGCUCGCCGCAAGGCCCAGGCGGACGACUUGGACUACGUGAAGCCCAACGACCUGCUGCAGUGGAUGAUGGACGAGGGCGUGGACUGGGAGGCCGACCCGGACAGUCUCGCGCUGCGGCAGCUCGUGGUCAACCUAGCCGCUCUCCACACCACCAGCAUGGCCACCACCCACGCGGUCUACGACCUCUGCGCCCACCCGGAGUACUUCAAGCCACUGCGAGAGGAGCUCGUCGAGGUCCUGAGGGCAGACGGUGGCUGGCAGCGCAACACGCUGAGCAAGCUCCGCAAGCUCGACAGCUUCAUCAAGGAGACGCAGCGGUGGAGCCCGGCCAGCCUGAUGUCCUUCAACCGCUAUCUCCGCAAGCCCGUCACCCUCAAGGACGGAACCUACCUGCCCGUGGGGACCCACCUCUGCUUCGCCGCCGAGCCGAUCCUGAUGGACGACGACCUGGUGCCCGGGGGCAACGCCCAGGCCUUUGACCCCUUCCGCUUCGAGCGCGAGCCGGACGAGUCGGAGCACAAGAACCGUUUCGACCUGACGACCAUUGAUACUCGACAGCUUCACUUUGGCGCCGGGCGUUACGGAUGCCCCGGCCGCUUCUUCGCGUCCGAGGUCAUGAAGCUCAUGUUCGCCCACAUGCUGCUUCGCUACGACUUUGAGUACAUGCCCGAGGAGAAGAAGAACGGCCGCCCCAAGAACAUGCUUGCCGAUGAGAACAUCUUCCCCGAUCCAUCGGUCAAGAUCCUGAUGCGUGAGAGGACCGACAAGGAGCCCGAUGUGGAGCACAUGCUCAAUGUUGGCGCUGACCUCGAGCAGUGGGACUUCGCUUGA